CCGGAGUGUCGGUCUCGUCGUUUCGAGCCAUUCCCGUCUCUCCUUCACCAAAAACUAGUCCGCCGACGCCCAAGAGCGGCGAUCGGAAAGCUCUCAGAGAUGUCCACAUGAGACCACCAGCAGGCACUCUUCUUGACUUCUUCGUUUCCUUUUCUCUUUGGUUACGAUGGAUGAUUCUGGGCGGAGGCAGCUACCAGUCAUGAGUGAAGUCCAAGUACCCAAUCUUGCGAUGCCAUACCAAGCUAACCAAAUGAUGGGCAGCACUGCACCGGUCUCAUCCUGGCAGCUAACAACUGCUUUUCAGGCACAGUUUACCCAGCACCGACUCUCUUAUCAGCACAUCCACAAGCAACAGCUGCAGCAACUGGACCAGACACUUCAGAUGUUCUGGGUGAGUCAAUAUCAGGAGAUCUUGGCAACCAUAGAUUUCAAGAACCAUAGCCUUCCAUGGGCCAGGAUUAAGAAGAUCAUGAAAGCAGAUGAGGAUGUAAGGAUGAUAGCAGCAGAGGCCCCUGUACUGUUUUCAAGGGCAUGUGAGAUGUUCAUCCUGGAGCUGACAUACCGCUCAUGGGCUUAUGCUCAGGAGAACAAGCGAAGAACACUGCAGAAGAAUGACAUUGCUGGGGCAGUCACUAGAACAGAUGUCUUUGAUUUUUUGGUGGACAUUGUGCCAGGAGAGGAUCUCAACGAACAAGUGAAUGCUAAUGACUCUCUUUCAUAUGAUCAUGUGCCCCCUCAUGUUGGGACUCUGGGAAUCAUCAUGAGUAAGCCUGAGGUGGAUCAGGGCUUGCUUUAUGCCCAACAGCCUCAAUCUUACAUGCCUCAGCAAUUCUGGCAGCAGCAGCAGACAACCCAAGAGCAGCAGCCUGGUGAGGAUUCAUGACCGGGGAAUUGGAAGAGCCACAGAAGAGAGUGCGAAACAUUAAGUUGCAGUGUUCAUCAACAAUGGUCCCCCUAAAACUUGCAUAUCAUAUAGGUAUUAUUUUGCAAUUCUCUGAUGAAUUUACAAAACCAUGAUCACCUUGAUGUAUUUCUUCAUUUUUUGGUUCUGAAUUUAUAAUUCAUGUUCACUUUGAUUUUUUUCUCUGUAUUUUGGUUUGCUUUCUAAGUGCGAGAUGCAAAUGUACAUAUAGGAGGCUGAAAUGGCAUAAAUAAUUUUAUCUUCUUCUGUUUUAUGAAGGAAAUUUUAUCGUC